AUGACGGCCGCCAUGGCGACGAUGAAUGGCGGCGUGAUGCCGAUGGACCAUGGAACGAUCGACUUUAAUACUUUGAAUGGGACGAACGAUCGACAGUCGCAAAGCAGUCUGAAAGGCGCCGAUUGGUUCAAAUUCUUCGGAGGCGGACAGAAAAAAGUGACUCGAGAUGGCCAGCCGGCGAAACGACGAGGCCCGAAGCCCGAUAGCAAACCUGCGCUCACGAGGCGACAAGAGCUGAACCGUCAGGCUCAGAGGACACAUCGUGAACGGAAGGAACAAUAUAUGCGAUCGUUAGAGACGGAGGUAUCACGGUUACGGGAGGCCUACACCCAUGAGAUAUCGGCGGCCAACUUGACUGUACACCAACACCGGGAAAUGAUCCAGUCGCUAUCGGACGAGAACCGGAUUCUGAAGGAGAUUCUGGCCGCGCAUGGAAUCCAAUUCGAACCAGAACUCGAACGCCGCAAGGCCGAACGCCCGCACCCCGGUUACCAUCAGUCGAGUCCGUUCGCCAGCAGCAGCGUUGCGUCGCAACCGAACGGCAUCGCGCCGUCGGCCAGCAACGUGUAUACGACACCGCCCACCACUGUCUCCGCUUCGUCCGGGGUGAGCCCCAGCGUCAAUGGGAGCACCAACGGAGUCGAUGUUUCCCCCACCCCUCACGUCUCUAAUAUCGACAUCUCGCCCACGCAGGAGAUCUCGCCGCCCCAAGUGGCAUAUAACCACGCUCCCUGCGACGCACUGGCGGCUCUCGAUCGAAUAGCUCCCUCGAAUCGCAAACCAAAUCAGCCGCCGGGGGUGUUUGAGGAGGACCCUCAACUACAGAUUGACUUUAUUCUAACCCUGGAAUCGCCGUGUCGCGAACAUACGGACUACCUGUGUCGACGAUCCAUCACCGAAGCCGACGACGAAGACAUGCCCUUCUCGGGACACGCACUGAUGGCGACAUGUCCCCCGCCAUCCUACAUCGAAAACACGACAGACAAGCAGGUCUACCCGCACAAGACCUACGACCUUCCCCUCGCCAACCUCUCGACCCUCCUCAACCUGAGCCGCCAGCUUGUGACCGACGGCCAGAUCACGCCGAUCAUGGCGUUGCAGCAUCUAAAGAACCACGAACUGUACCGCACGCUGACGAAAGACGACGUCAAGAUCAUCAUCGAAACGCUGAACACGAAAGUGCGCUGCUACGGAUUCGGCGCGGUCGUUGAAGAUUUUGAGCUCAUGGACUGUCUGAGCAGCGUGCUAGGCGGCAAGGUCGACGUGGGAUUUUCGCGCAGCGAGGAUCACAUGUUAUAUUCAUGA